GCAGGAUGGUGUGGUAGAGCAGGGCUAUUCUUGGAGGUGGUGGGGCCUCACCCGGUAAGGAGUCCACGUAAACUGAUAGCACCUCCGUAGUUGCUUCGUUAGUCGCUCUGAUACCUCGUGUCGUGUCUGCUGGUUCAGAGAACUCCUAGUUAACACCCUCGCGCGUAAGAUAAAAAAAAUCCGCCACCAUGGACGCGAUCAAGAAGAAAAUGCAAGCGAUGAAGCUUGAAAAAGACAACGCUUUGGACAGGGCCAUCUUCAACGAGCAACAAGCCAAAGAUGCCAAUCUUCGCGCCGAAAAACUUGAAGAGGAAGCUCGUACUCUUCAAAAGAAGAUCCAGACCAUUGAGAACGAGCUCGACCAAACCCAGGAACAACUCACCCAAGUCAAUGGAAAGCUGGAGGAGAAGGAAAAGGCGCUCCAAACUGCUGAAUCAGAAGUAGCUGCCCUCAACCGUCGCAUCCAGUUGUUGGAGGAAGAUUUGGAGCGUUCGGAAGAGCGUCUGGCCACCGCCACCGCCAAACUGGCCGAAGCUUCCGCCGCCGCCGAUGAGAGCGAAAGGAUACGCAAAGCCUUAGAAAACCGAACCAACAUGGAGGACGAUCGAGUAGGCAUCUUGGAAACCCAACUGUCUCAAGCUAAACUCAUAGCCGAGGAAGCCGACAAAAAAUACGAAGAGGUUGCCCGCAAAUUGGUUCUAAUGGAACAAGAUUUAGAACGUGCCGAAGAACGGGCCGAACAAAGCGAAAGCAAAAUCGUAGAGCUUGAGGAGGAACUUCGCGUCGUUGGUAACAACCUGAAAUCCCUUGAAGUGUCUGAAGAAAAGGCGGCUGUUACCAGAGAACAUAGCGAGGAUAAAAUCCGUGCCAUGUCUGAUAAGCUGCGUGAAGCUGAAGCCCGUGCUGAGUUUGCUGAACGUUCCGUACAGAAACUGCAGAAGGAGGUCGACAGACUAGAAGACGACCUCUUGGCCGAAAAGGAAAAGAACAAACUGUUAUCGGACGAGAUGGAAGCUACCUUGCAUGAUAUCCAAAAUAUGUAAACCAAUUCAGUACUACCAACAUUCCUGCCUUGCAUUCCCUCGGCGUUUUAUUCCGGUGCUUAUUGCAAAAAAUAAUCAAUUAAAUUUAGUGGGCACGAUAAGCACAAGCAGGCAUUUUUCAUGUUGUUGAUCUCUCGGUUCGUGGCAAUAUGAUCAACACUGCCUUUCCAAUAUCAAAUUUUGUACAUUUUCAAGUCAGUCAGGUGUGGAUGGAAGGACUCAUUAAUAAUCAUAGUGUAUUAUAAUUAACUUUGUUAAAGAGCGGUUUUUGGGUUCAGGUAAUCACUGGAAGUCGGUCCUUCCAUUCACAGUCGCUUAAAUCUUAAUUUUUUACUGUAAUGUUAUUUCUUCUAGUAUUAUAAAGUAAAUUUAUAUUUUAAAGUCUGUUUAUCUCUAACUGCGAUGUAAGCUAAUGAGUAUAUGAUGAAAAAUGUUUUUUUAAGUU